AUGGCAGACAGUGUGGCGUUGAUCAAAACCCCCUUAAAAGGCCACUGGAAGGGGGGUAUAAAACACAAAAUGGGUUGCGGUUCAUCAACUACAGCAGUUCCUGUGACGGAGGAGACAGCGAAUGGAGCAGCGAAGACAUCGAAUGGAGCUGGAGUGAAGGGUCACCAUCACGAUGAUCACGAUGACUUGCCAACAGUAGUACUUCCUGAAACACCAGUGUUACCAAAACCACCCGUGGCCUUCGAGAUUCCAGUUGAAGAGUUUGAUGGUACGAAGCGAGCGUCCACUCCACCAGCUCACCUGCAGAGGCUGCUCCAACCAGUUCAGCCAGACAUCAGCCUGCCUGAUAUAGAGGAAAAAUUGGCUGAAGCAGAACAGCGGAGACAGAGCAUCUUGCAAGCGAGAGCUGCUUCUGCGCAGAAGAGAGCGCAGAAAAUUAUGAAAAAUGUCCAGGAAAUGGACAGAUUAGAUUCAGAACAUGAACACUCAGAGCCUACAAAACACGUGAGAAACAGUUUGACCAUUCCACCGGAGCCUGGCGUGUGUGAAGAUAAAAAUAUUUGA